GCAAUAUAUAGUCCUAGGCAAAAAGGACAGGCCCGGCUGGGAUGGGGGGAGGUGGAAACGGAAGGGGGGAAAAGUGAGAAAGUAAAUAGGCCUCAUGCCACAACCCAAGCAUCGUACGGCCCGACGCUUCUCACAGCACAGACCACGCCACAAAGGGAACAGUAGCGUCAUGCGCCAUCAUGCCAUGAUGCCGACUCCCUUCUCCCCAGGGUGUUUCUCAUUCAAUCUCGCCUAUCCUCCUUACUCAGGUUACCCAGAGAACGGCGCGAGUUCAGUCAAGGUCCGAAUCCGCGCGCGACCUCCAACAGCGGCGGCCCGACCGGACGGUCCCGUCCAAAAGCCUACCUUGAAACAUCGGUCUGAUGUCGUGCGAAUGCGCGCGACGCGAUGUAGGCACUUGCAUGUUUCCCCCCCUCCGUUUCCCUUUGGUGCCAAGACCGGCCGAGACCGCUUCCUCUGCCAUUGCGGCAAACCUUCACGCGACCUGACGCAGGAAAAAAAGAAAGAAAAAAAAGCUACAUGGCAACUUCGAUGGGCUUUCCCGACAACGAACCUCUCGGGUCGCCGUGCCGGACGGUGGCGGGACAGGAGUGGGGAGGGCGGGGUUCGACUCGGCACGUCGGCGGUUGCAAUGCCUAUCGGCUCCGGGCCUGACGCCGAAUGCCGGGACUGGCCCGACAAUUAACCAGGUCCGGAAUUAACGUGUGGACUGAUGCGGAAAGGUGCUUGCACAACGUCGGACGAAAACCUGUGAACCACGGUCACCAGCCGGGUGAUCCUGUCCUGCGGUGAACCAUCGCUCUCGGCUAGGUACCCAGUCCGGCCUUGACCCAUUAUGGAAGCAAGCAGGCAAAUGCCAGUUCGCAAGGCCACCCACCCACACCCACCCACGCCACUGCCAGGCUCGAUAUUGGGAGGGUUGUGACAGUUUCAUG